ACCGCCAAGUUUUAAACGUUGCAACUUAGUGAUAAUCCGGUGAGUGCCCCCUGACAGUGUUUGUGUGAGACGGACUCUGCCUAUGUUGGCACACUGGGACACAAUUCAGGGCAGGUGAGUGUCUCUGGGAGUGCUUGUGAGAAAGACAUACAUCCAACGCUGGGACACUGGGACAUAACUCGGGCAGGGUUGACGCGAGUCUUGAAGGUGUCGACCAGGUGAAGGACAGUUAAUAUCACUUCCCAUUCACCUUCGCCAAGAGAGUAGUAAUUCUGGUAGACGUGGAUCACCUCAACAAAGCACGAGUCAGUGGGAUCAAGUUGCUGGCUGGUCGGUGGUGAUUGUCGUUCCUCGUUUGCUUACUGUCCUUGUGGCCGACGACCGCGCCUCACUCGUAUGGGGUUCGCCUAUAUAAAUCUAACCUAGACACAAACACACACCUCUAGUUCUUCUAGAUAUAUAUUUCAACUCCAGUGGCAUUUAUGCUCGUGAAAAUGAAGGAAAACUUUUAAACAGCUCUUACGUGAAGUACAGUAACAACUAAAGAAAGAUUCUCGUUGAAAAAUGUAUACGCUGAGAGACUAACAAACACAGAAAGAUGAACAUUUUAGCCAAGUGUGACAAGAUGGAGAGGUGUGUGAGAUUGUUGUGUGUGGCGCUGCUGCUGGCGGCUCUCCCCGUCCUCGCUAAGAGAGGAAAAAGACCGAUGUUGAGGAGCGCGUUGGUAGAAGGGUGUGGGAAGGAGGUGGUGAAGGUGGAGCCACAACAAGAAGUCUACCUGGUCUCCCCUGGCCAUACACUCCCCGGCGUCACCAAUGGCUCUCAGCAAGUGUGUAGCUGGACGGUCAAGGCGCCACCGGGACACGGAGUGGUUGUGGAAGUAGUCCGUCUCAGGCUGCGUCGUUCACGUCGCUGCGCCGUCAGCCGGGUACAGAUCCUUCCUGGACUGUCCGUGGACCAGACCCGCACCAGACCGCUGGCCAAGUAUUGUGGACAAACGCCCAGAAUCAAAUUAUGGAAAACUACAUUCUCUGAGGUUGAUAUAGAAUAUAAAAAUGGCAAGAGCGACCGACUGAAGGUGAAGAACAGUCAACAGGACAGAAAAGUGACGAGACCCCAACAGCAAGACCCAGACACUAGAAACAGAUCACCCUCUUCAACAUCUCGUUCAGAGUCUAGGCACUCAUCAGGUUCUACCAGAGCCGAGAAAUUAGCGCGGAUCAAGGCACUCCGACGAUUGUAUCAACUCAAAAACCAAGGAAAUAAGCAUUCUCAAUCACUGAGAAGCCGCGAGCAUUCCCCCCAGAGCAGACAACGCAUCUACCGUUUCCGAGAGACAAACAGUCGUCGAUUUUACAGGCACUCAAAUGGCUCUACAGAUGACUCCUCAGACCUUCCGAUCAAUGAUAACUUGUUGGUGGACGGUGAUCGUUUAGUGUUCGAUGUGGAGAACAACAUCUACGGGACUGUGUCAGACUACCCCAGGAUGCAAACUGUCAGACUCCUCAGCGUCGGUGAACCAUCAUGGAUUAAUUCCAACUUUAUCAUCCAUGACGGAUUGAACUACACAGAUUCAGAAGUUACACACUACAUGGAUGACUUGGCAACAGUGCAAGACCUUUCAUCAAAACGAAAAAGGAAAAGACUUUCGACUAAAAGUAACAAAUCUAACCGAAAUAAAUUUUUGGGAGAGUUGAUGAGCGACAUCGAUGUGAAGCCAAAUGAGUCGACUGAGAGACACCCAAGGUCCCCUCGGGUAGUACAGGAGACCAGUAACAAUGGAAACACCCGCCGCAAGUAUCACCGCACGCGGUAUUACACAGUAUCACGUGGCCGUCACACUCCCAGCGUAAACCAGUACCGGGUUACCAUCACCAAUCAUGAACGACCCAACUCCAAUGGUGACGUCUCCAAACCACCUCGCAGGGCUCUUGAUACCAGUCAUCAUCGCUCACGAGGACACAACGAAAUCAUCCCCCAUAAACCCUCCAAACCCGGUCACCAACACGGAUCUAAACAAACAUAUUCUCCCACCAAGAACUUCGGGUAUAAACACCCCAAAUUUGCUCCACAGAAACCAGCGGUGCCAACACCUCCAGUGAACGGUAACAGGAGACGAAGACCGAAGGAAUUCUUUGUGUUUAAGGUGUCAGCGUUCCGAAGUGGAUGUGGCGGCCAGCUGGAAGAAGAACGAGGGAGGAUCACCAGCCCCAAUUACCCACACAAGACAGGCGGCAAGAGCUCUUGUUUCUGGAGGUUCAAGACCCCCGUCGGGAGCCACUGGAAGCUGGAAUGUCAGGACUUCAGAAUCCGAAAAUCGCAGCAGUGUCGGCGUGAUCAUCUCGCCAUCAGGAUUAAUGAUGCAGACUGGUCCAGGUACUGCGGCCGUGAGGGACCAAGCCUAGCUCUCACGUCCUCCCAUGAAGCUUCCGUUGAUGUGGUUCUCAACACCUUCAGGAACAAGUCUGCCAAAGUCUACUGCUCUUGGGAGACAACCAGAAUCGGGGAGACCAGCGAGCAGUAUCACAACUACGGGAGAUACUGGAGCUACAACCUGACGCGCGCCACCACCACAACCACCACUACUACUACCACCACCACAACCACUCUGCCGCCACCCGUGGCCUCACAAACUAGGUGGAGUUGCCGGGACUACACCCAUCUCAGCUCGGACCACACCAUGUGUCGGCCGACGCCCUCCACCUGCGCCAUCUACCAUGAGGGCAUAACGAGAAGCGACAAAGCUGCCAUUCUAGAGUCACACAAUAGGUACCGCGCUAAGGUGGCCCGCGGAGAGGAAAGCGAGGGGCUGCCUGGGCCACAGUAUUCCUCCUCUGACAUGCAGCAGCUGGCGUGGAACGAUGAGCUGGCACAGGUGGCUCAGGCUUGGGCCUCCGCCUGCCCCGACUACCACGACUGCCAUGACUGUCGUCGUUUGGUCUCCAGGGACUACUACGUGGGACAGAACAUCUUUUAUGAAUGGAGCAGCAGCAACUCCGGCUCAGUGUGGGACACGGCCGUUAGGCUCUGGUACGAGGAGGUCAAGUAUGUCCCUAACCACCUUAUCAAAAGCUUUAGAAUGAUGAACCACGCUGUCAUCGGCCACUACACGCAGUUAGUGUGGGCCGAUACCCGUGAGGUAGGCUGUGGCGCCACCUACCAUGAUUGCUCCAAGGUCUUCAAGGGCCGCUCAUGGAAGCUUAAAUGCAAGAUCUAUGUCUGCAACUACGGCCCCACUGGUAACUACCUCAAGAAACCCAUGUACAACAUAGGACCAGCUGCCUCUGCUUGCCCAAGUGACUCUCGUCCCUCACAGGAGUACCCUGGCCUCUGUACCUCCCACUGAUGAGCGUUUCGACUCAGGACUUCCACUCGCGACUGUACUUGUACUAACGAUCGUCUGCUUAGCCCGUUUGAACACAGGUCUUCCAGUUUCUGCACUGCGACAAUCCACAUCCCUGCGGACAUCCACCAGUGUGCUGGCGGGUGAUGCGCGCAGCUAAACAACCACUACCUUUCUUCACCCUCCCUACAGACGCGAAUUACUGACAGUGGCUUUCAUGCCUUUCAGGUUGCACACUUAGAUAAAGAACGGUGGCAGUAUUUUCCCUGUGCAUGGUUGCGGGUGUGUGUGCACUUUAAGCAUGCACCGUGCACUGUAUAAGGGAGAAAUAGGAAUUAUAUCAAAGUGUAAACUGUGACUCAAUGACUGAAAAGCCAGGAGUGGUUUAACUAGUACUGUGUUUGUUAUUAGGAAAAGACAGACUGAAAAUGCUUGUUCUUAUUUCACCGUAUUUGUGUGAAACAGUCCGAUCGCUGUACUACUUCCUUCAGGUUAUGGCUGAAGUGUUCAAUCCUGAGUGACAAGGUUAUGGCUGAAGUGUUCUUUUACUGAGACAGUGUUGAAGUGAUCACAGAACAGAGAAAUAUAUUAGUAAAAUAUUGAUAUAUUGAAAGUUCGAGAACUAAGAACUAUUUGGUACUCUAGUCUUGUAUCGUGUGGUUGUUGCUCAGUUACCUAAAGUGUUGGUAACUGGAUGUUCGCUGACUGAAAUGACUACAAUAUAAGUGAUUAAGUAACUUAGCGAGAAAGUUACCCGAGACGUACUCUAUUGUAGGAGAGAUUAGUAUUACGAAGAUGUUCCCUCGCUGGGAAGCUCAUUAUUGAUGUACUGACUGAUCAGUGAGGUACAGUAAACACGUUACUCAACUGUAUACCGACUGAAAAGGUUAUUACUGAAGUGUUCCCUAUUACAGAUAACACAUACUGCCGUUCUCUCUAACAGGUCGUGAUCCUCCCCCCAGUGAAUGGUAUCUAUCCCGCUCCCUCUCAGCAAAAAAAUUAUGAAAAAAUACUUAGAAAUAGCCAGGAGUUUAUAUUUAUCUUAGGUGUAUCGUGUGAACUCUUUAAGCUGAUUGUAAGAGCGGCUUUCUAUAAGUUAUACGGCAUCUAGUGCUUAAGGACGACAGUUUUGACACACUGGUUUAGUUGAAGCCUCGACCUGUGGCACGGGACGUCUGCGACUGUGAUAUUGUUUUUGUUUUGUUUUGUUUUUUUAUGAAAAGAAGAAAAAACACAGCAUGUUCUCCACCGCCGUGGUCGACUGGUCUUCUUGUGGCUCUAUAGUGGUAAGGAUUAAUUACUCCUUAGCACCAAAACAAAAUACAAUAUGAAAACAUCCACCUCUUGUUUAUUUAUCAGAUCAGCACAAUCCAGUGUUAAAAAAAAGAAAUAUAUAUAUAUAUAUAUAUAUAUAUAUAUAUAUAUAUAUAUAUAUAUAUAUAUAUAUAUAUAUAUAUAUAUAUAUAUACUGUAUAUAUAUUGUCGUUCCCUGGAGCUACAGAUCACGACCUUACACCCUCAAGAUAUAAUUGUUGUCCAUUAUCGCUGCCAGGAAGGCUGCUGGAGUGACGUAAUGCAACACUGUAACACGUGUUCAAGCGCUCACGGAGACAGGUUCUCACACAAUACUGUAAAUACUUGAUCAAUUAACUAACUUUCACUCUAUAUGUUUCUUUCUUUCCACACAAGUUACACCACAAUGAAUUGUAUCACCACUAGGAAAUAAAAAUUAAAACCAUAACACACCUAAUUGGUCUCAUCAGAAAGAGAAGAUUAACUUGUACAAAUAAUAAACAUUAAAAUAAACUGUAUAUAAAGA